AUCAGCAAACGCACCGUUAACAACGAUCUUCGCGAUUCAGGUGAUUUCAAAUAAAAGAAACACGUAAUUAGGAAACGGUGCUGAUUUUUGGUUUCCGGAAUGACUUAAUUAACCUCGUCGGUGUUGGGAGCGUGACCUUUUCCGAGGGUGGAUAUACUGUUAACGUUUACGUGAAGAAGGAAACUUGUUUCCAUCAUGUGGAAUUUCGGUGUUUUGUUAGUUGGUAUUAGUGUGGUGGUGGUUAGUGCGGGUAUGGAUAUUAUUCCUUCAUCCUCCAUAGUGACGUCAUCACCAAACAUAAGACCCUCCAAUGAAACAGCGACUCCCGUGUCCAAGGACGUAAAUGAAAGGCAAAUCGAAGACACGUCUGCUACGGAUUUUGUAGAUGAGAUGCUCAACCUGUUCGUUCAGUUUGUCAGCAAUGAUAAAGAUGCAAGUUCGAGCGGUCAAGAAGAGUCUAAGCUGGUUAACAAUGCAUCUGAAGGCAGAGGAGUUGGCCGGCUGAAGAAAUUCCUUCUUCCAUUCCUGUUGGGUGUCUCGAUGAAGACGAAAGCUGUGAUCAUAGCGGCCAUCGGGUUCCUGAUGGUUCUCACGAAAAUCACGUUCAUCAAGAGCAAGAUAGCGCUCGUGAUCGGAGUGGGUCUGCUCCUGUACCACCUUUACGUGAAGAAACACGCCAUCCACCACAUCAAGCACGCCCUCCACCACCCGGUGCCGUACGACGUGUCGCCCGCCUGGUCGGCGCCCCUCGCCGCUUGGGCCAUCCCCGAUUGGGGCGCUGCGGCCGCCCUCCCCGCCGCCGGCCACCUCGCCGCCGCCCCCUACGUCCCCCACAUCCUCCGCAAAACUUCCCACGAGCAACCGACCCGCUUCCGCAGAUGAUCAUCCCUCAUGUUCCCGAUUUAGGUUAGGUAAUUUAUUUCUUAGUAAUUAGUCGACUCUGUAAAAUACACCAUCAUUCCUAUCAAAGAAUUUUAUUCCACAAAGUCAUUUUACCCUACCUCAGUAGCACUAACUAUAAAUGUUGGACUCAGAAAGGAAGAAAAAAUCAAAUUGAUAAAAUGUACCAUGUUACCGAA